AUGGAUGACAAAGAUCAAUCCAAUAACCCAGCAAGUCCUUUUUACUUACACCCUGGAGAGAAUCCAGGACUAACCCUCAUUUCCCAGGUCUUAACUGAUUCUAAUUACACUACUUGGAGCCGCUGCAUGAGAAGAGCUCUUCUCUCAAAGAACAAAAUCAAAUUUAUUGAUGGGUCUAUCAAAAAACCCCAGAACAGCAAAGACCCUAUGUUUGAUGCAUGGGAAAGAUGCAAUGUAAUGGUACUCUCAUGGAUUACAAAAACACUUUCUCAACAGAUUGCAGAAAGUGUGAUAUAUGUUGAAGAGGCCAAAGAAUUAUGGGAUGAAUUGAAGGAAAGAUUCUCUAAAGGUGACUACUUUAAAAUCUCUGAUCUUCUUCAAGACAUUCAUUCAAUCAAGCAAGGGGAGAGAAGUGUCAGUCAGUUUUUUACUGAUUUAAAGAUCCUAUGGGAAGAAUUGGAAUCUUUGAGACCAAUACCCAACUGCACAUGCAAGACUCCUUGCAGCUGUCAGCUCUCAAAAAUUUCUCUAAAAUACAGAGAAAUAGAGCAUGUUAUAUGUUUUUUGAAAGGGUUAAAUGAGACCUAUAACACUGUUCGAACCCAGAUCCUAUUGAUGGAGCCCCUGCCCAAUAUUAAUCGAGUAUUCUCUCUCAUUAUGCAACAAGAGAGGCAAGAAAAGUCUGAUGUUGGCACUGUUGUCCAGAAUAAUUCUGGUGAGACCACCAGAAUUUUAGCCAACAUUGCAGACAGAAACAGUAAUUGGAGAACAGAACAGACCUGGAGAGGUCAGGGAAGAGCUACUGGACCACAUAAUCAGGGAAGAGGGAGAGGGAGAAAUCCCAAUCAUGGAAAACAGUGUUCCUAUUGCAAUAAAAUGAAUCACACAGUUGAUGAGUGCUACUCCAAGCACGGCUUUCCCCCCUGGUACAAGAAGAAUGAUGGCACUCAAGAGAAGAGAAGUGGAUGGAGUUCCACUAAUGUCUGCCAAAACAAUACUAGACUGAAAACUACCCACCAGGGAACCAUCAACACUACUUUAAACAAGUUCACACCUGAGCAAGUUGAAAAACUUCUCAAGAUGAUUGAGAAGGUCGAUGACCCCAUACACAACAUCAAUCAGAUGCAGAGAAAUGAUAAGGAGGACAAGCCAGAUAAGGGAGAACACUACAUUGAAGAUGAUUGGGUAUGCUAA